AUGGCAGAAGGAAGAAAGCAGAACACUCUAAGCACCAGAAAGAAUUGUAGCAAAGACAAAAACAAGGAAAUGGGGCACCCUCACGUUCACCUUUUUGUCACCCAUGGUGGGAUAAAUAGUGUCAUAGAGGCCAUCCAACAUGGCAUGCCCAUGGUGGAGAUUUCCCUCUUUGGAGACCAGCCUGAAAACCUGCUCCGAGUAGAAGCCAAAAAUUUCGGUGUCUCCAUCCAGUUAAAGCAGAUCAAGGCUGAGACAUUGGCUCUGAACAUGAAGCAAGUCAUAGAGGACAAGAGGCAGAAAUCUGCCAUGGUGGACACCAGCAUCAUGAAGCACUCCCACCCCUUGACCCCCAGCCAGCGUCUGGUGGGCUGGAUCGACCACAUCUUGCAGACAGGGGGUGCGGUGCACCUCAAGCCCCACACCUUCCAGCAGCUGUGGCAUGAGCAGUACCUGCUGGACGUGUUCUUGUUCCUGCUGGCGGUCACCCUGGGCACCACGUGGCUGUGUGGGCAGCUGCUGGGCCUGGCGGCCAGGUGCUGUGUGGGGCCAGGAACCUAA